CCCGAAUGCCAAGACGAAUGCCAAGAUGGAGGCUAUUCCGGACCCCAGAGAUCUUCCAUCGGACCCACGCCUUCCGGGCCAACAGCCUCGAUAUUCCCGUGACAACAUCAUCACCUCUCUUGCGACUUUCUACCAAAGUCUGCCGCACAUCGACCCCUCCCUAGUUCGUCGCGCGCCGUCGGGGGGUUGGCCAGAAAUUACCCCUGAGUCGCUCGCGGCCUCGGGAAUGAGACAUUUGAACGAGCGAGUGGUAGACUUAAUCAAGCAUCUACCCUACAUUGAUGGCAACCCCCUUUGGAUCACUCCGGAAACUUUCCCCAUCAACUACCUUACCGCCGUGUCUUUGAUACCAGCCGUUGGAGUGUUCAAGCCCAAAUGGCUGCAUGCUCUGUCCCAUGACCUUCAGUCAUUUGAAGGCUUUCCAGCUUGGGUGAUCCCCCUCACUAUGAGUGUCAACAGGGACGGCGACAUAUGGAUACUGGACACGAUGGAUGGCACAGUGACCAAGUACAUCAUUACGGGCGCUGUUUACCCCGAACCAGCAGGGAGAUAUGAAAAGGGCGACCCUAGGAUGUGGAGAGAGACACUGUGCGAUGAUAUCACUCUUCCACUGGAAGCGUGGCUAGAAGAAAUCAUCGACAAGUACAAGACAUUUCAGUACUUUGGCCUUCCCCGUCAUGACCACCCAGGUGUCCUGUCGCAAGGCCUUUGGGCCGAAGAAACAGAAGCACUCCAAGAGAUUGUGAUACAAAACGGGUGGCCAGAAGACUACAAUGGCGAGGAGGGCCGCAGGAAACUAGCGGAAUGGUUGAAGAAGGCAGUAAUCUAGUGUAAGGAUCAAUCAAGCGGCAUAGGCACGUCACGAG